UGAAUCGAUGCUGGUAUCUACCUGAGACUGAACCAUUACGAUGCAGUUCUUUGUCGGAAGGUUAAUUUAGUCGAAAAUUAGUCCGUUUGGUUCCUUUAACGAACGUUAAUAUAGUCAAAAAUUGCGGCGUUGGAUCCAGAAUGGCUGAAGAGGAGGAUGAUACUGGGUUUGAAGAAGAUGUUGAAGAUGGUGGAAAUGGAGUGGAUGGGGGCCAUGGAAAAAGAAAGAGGCUUUUCUCCAAAGAACUUCGAUGCAUGAUGUAUGGAUUUGGUGAUGACCAAAAUCCAUACACUGAAUCUGUGGAUAUAUUGGAGGACCUUGUGAUAGAAUUUAUCACAGAAAUGACACACAAAGCUAUGUCAAUUGGAAGGCAAGGUCGUGUCCAAGUGGAAGACAUUGUUUUUCUUAUCAGAAAAGAUCCCAGGAAGUUUGCCAGAGUUAAGGAUCUCCUAACAAUGAAUGAAGAACUGAAGAGAGCACGCAAAGCAUUUGAUGAAGCUAAUUACGGGUCUUAGUUUUUAACAUUGACCUGAGAUUCUCAGCUUUUCUCACCACUUAUGUUUUUUGUUAUUGUUAUUUACAUUUUAUGACAAAUAAAUUUGUUCAUUACUUCAUUUUUUUUGAAUGGACGUUAUUACUCCUAUAUUAUUAUGUUAUAUGGGGCAGACUGAACCAAGCAUCCACAUGAAAAAAUAAAAGGGGCAUCUAGUUUCUGGAGCAUAUUUCAGAUUUUAGAAUUUGAUUUAUCCUUACUCUGAAGAGAAAAUAAUGGAAAUGCUAACAUAAUCAGUGAGGUGGACGGGAUGACUUGGUGGUCUCGGGUAGGUCAUGACUGGGGAUCAUCCAUCUGGAGGAAAAAAAGGAGUGCAGUGAUGGCCAGUACUUUGCAGUAGGUAUAUCAGCAGGUGGCAGCACUGCAGAAGCAUUCUGAAGCUCCAGCAGGAGGUGGAGCAGACAGGGGAUGGAGAGAAGACAGAACAGAAAUGUACAGUUGCAGUCAAAAGUUUGGACACACCUGAUUAAGAUAAUGGGAAACGAGCAUUCAAAGGCAUUUGAUCUGACAUUGUUGAGGCAGCCUCUGUUCUCAAGAUUUUCAGUACAAUUUCACAAUCUCCACCCAUGUCAUAUUUCAUUCAUUAUCGCUCCCCUGCUAUGUAGUAAUGUCCUCCAUGUUGGAUACCUUGGCAAGUCAUUCUUGAAUAGCAGGGAAUUUGUAGCCAUGCGGAGAGCAGCAGUUGUCUUGAAA